AUGCAGCAAGAAAGUACCAUAUGGAACUGGAAAUUUACGUCAAGCACACCCGGUAGAUGUCUCGGUAUGGUCAAUCAAGAAUGUUGCAUGCCCCAUGGCAAAGGUAUCGGUGGAUCGACACUUAUUAAUGCGAUGUUGUACGUGCGUGGAAAUAAAGCGGAUUACGAUGCAUGGGAAAGUGACGGAUGCGAUGGUUGGAAUUGGAAUGAGGCGUUAAAGUACUUUAAGAAAACCGAACGGAAUGACUUAGAUUCUGCAAGAGGAAAAUUCGAUCCUAAUGUUCAUGGCACGGAGGGAAAAAUGAAUACAAAUUUUGAGCUUUAUCGCACAAAACUUAUGGAAGAUAUUUAUGAAGCAGGCAAAUUUGAAGAAUAUGCAUGGGAUUUCGAUUAUAAUAAUGGAAGUCAAUUAGGAGUGCAUUUUAUGCAAACUAGUACCCGUAAUGGAUAUCGGGAGGAAACGGGAACGAGAUACAUUCACGAUGUUCUUCCACGACCCAAUUUGAUGUUGAGUGUCGAUUCGCAUGUAACAAAGAUUUUGUUUGAUGGAACUGUAGCAACGGGAGUUUUGUAUCAAUGGCUGGGACUUACCUUCAAAGCGACCGCUACGAAAGAAGUAAUUUUGUGUGCUGGAACAAUUAAUUCCCCGCAAAUUUUGAUUUUGAGUGGCAUUGGACCGCAUGAAACACUAACAGAGUUCGAAAUAAGUCCUCAGGUAAGUUUUUUGCCAGUCGGUCAAAAUUUGCAAGACCAUCCCUAUAUCACAGCUCCCACAUACAUUUUGAACACCACCGAGUAUUCCGUGAGUCUUGGUGAUAUCAAUGUGUUCAAUAAAUUUCUGCUGAUUUUUAAUCAACCAAAUCCCUUACAUAUUACUAACGGCAUGGAGGGCCUCAUUUUCGACAAAAUGUUUAAUUCUCCAUUGCCUGCUGGAGUUCCCGACAUUGAGAUUCUCAUGUCGCCCGGAGAUGUAUCCAAAGCCGGAAGUUACCUGCGAGAUGUGCUUUGCUUUGAACAAAGUUUUUACGAUAAAGCGUUUGCGGGCUUGAAAAACAAUAAAUAUGAUACAGUUUCUCUCGCUCCAUUGGUACUCCAUCCAAAAACGCGGGGAUAUGUUACGAUUCGUGAUACAAAUCCCUUCUCGAAACCCGUCAUACAUAAUUACAUGCUCGAAGAUCCAUACGAUAGGAAAGCAAUGCUUUUUGGCAUUCGAAGAGCUCAAAAAAUUGUCAAGUCAGCAGCUUUUGCAAAAUACAAUCCUCAACUCUAUCGAUAUGAUAUUCCGGCAUGUAAUGAUUUCGGACCUGACAGUAAUGAAUAUUGGUACUGCGUCAUGGAUUACAUGACAACAACACUUUAUCACGACUCGGGAACGUGUCGCAUGGGCGCCGAAAACGACGAAAAGACGGUCGUUACGCCAGAUUUGAAGGUUAAAGGUGUUCAGAAGUUGAGAGUUGUUGACGCUUCUGUGAUUCCGCAUAUUACUUCAGGACAUACGGCAUCGCCUACUAUGAUGAUUGCUGAAAAGGCGGCAGAUCUCAUCAAGUCGGAGCAUGGAAUAUAA